AUGGUGAAAGGUGUUACUCCACAAGGUGUCGUCUCCUCCCACGGUACUGCAGCCAUGACUGGAAACAGGAUCUCGACAAAUUCCAACUUCUUUGGUAAAGGGAUCGCAAUGUUGGAAGAUAAGAGACCUACACUGGACAGAAUGUUCGCUUCGACGUCACAAAGAAAUGAUGAUGGUUUGCGGGCGUCUUACAAUAUCUCGUUACUUAUAGCAAAAUCCGGAAAACCGCAUACUAUCGGAGAGAAGUUAAUUUUGCCAGCCGUUGAAGAGGUUUUAAAAACUGUUUUACACAAACCUGCAUCUGAUAUCAUUAAAAGGAUUCCCUUAAGCAACAAUACUGUUGAAAGACGUAUUGAUGAAAUGAGUUCUGAUAUUGAAAGCUUCUUAUGUAAUUAUUUGCAAACGACCCAUUUAUCUUUACAACUGGACGAGUCAACUUUACCUGAUAAUGCAGCAUUAUUAUUGGUAUAUGUUCGUUUUAUUAUGAAUCAAGGAAUCUACGAAGAACUGCUCUUCGCAAGAACUUUGAUAACCGACACUAAAGGUGAAUCAGUAUUUCAUGUUUUGAAGGAUUACUUCAUUGAAAAAGCAAUUCCUUUAUCAAAUAUAAUAUCAGUAGCUACAGAUGGAGCACCUGCCAUGACAAGCUGCCAGGAAAACGACGUUUCAACUUACGUUCAACAUUUAAAUGCCCUCUAUUCAGAUUUUGAAUCUGGGUGUGAGGAUAUUUUGACUAUGGUAAUACCACCGUGGAUAAUUAAUCCAUAUGGUGACAUAGAAGAAACGAAUGUCAUAAUACAAGAGGAACUGACUGAACUAAGUACAAACGAAGAACUUAAGGUUCAGUUUAAAAACGGAUAUCAGCAAUUCUGGCUGCAAAACAACAUACCCGUUACUUAUCCCGUAUUAUGGAAUAUAGCGAGGAACUUUUUAAUUUCCUUUCCAUCGUCGUACCUACUGGAAAGGGGAUUCAGCGCUGUUACCAAUCUCCUAACGAAAAAAAAAGAAACAGACUGGACAUCAUUAGCCGAGGAGAUAAGAUUAACCCUUACAAAAUUGACGCCAAAUGUUGAUAAUUUAUUAUUAAAGCAUCAGGACAAGGCCGCGCAUGGCGAUCGCUGA